AUGUCCCCUUGGGGGCGCCGGAUCACGUGGCAGCGAAGGGCUUUAUACACGCAGCCUCUCAGAGCCCGCCGGACCUGUGACGCCCAAGCCCACGGCCAGGCUCCUCGUGGGAAUCCUGCUCCCCUGCUGGGGCACGUUUCCCGCCCUUUAAAAAGAGGUUUACGAAGGUGCUUCCAUCACUCUGAGUGCUUCAGUGACUGCUGCCUCAUCAGCUUGAAUCAUGGAGGUGCCUUCUGUGCCCCUAAGGCCAGAGUAGCCAUGAUGUGCUUGCCCCAGACCAGGGGAAACAUCAACAUCAUAUGCCCUUGCCAGAGAGGCUUGAGUUGCACAUCCAAGGACUCAGGCUGUGCCCGCCGGUGCCAUUUGAUUUAG